UGUAAACGACAUCGCUUGCUCGCCCCAGGCCGUAACGAAACUUCCUCCUCUUCGUCCCUUCCAGAACCACCAGAACAUACUCUUGAGUCUCUCUCUCUCUCUCUCUCUGCAAUGGAUUUUCACACUCGCGUCAUUUUCUACCUGUUUUUCCUCUCCUCUCUUCUCUGCUUGCAAGUUAGGGCUGAAGAUGCUGGUUCUGUUUUCUUCAUCGACAGCUCAACUCGUCAAUUUCUUCGCACUAGAUCAUCUAACGAUGUCGUUGCGCCUGACUCAAUGUUGCUCUCGGAAGUCGGAGCUGCCGUAUCGGUCUUGCUUGGUCUUGCACCACCUCCAACACUUUCAGCCUCUGGUUCAUCUAAGUUAAAUGAGGUCCUCAUGCCUAAUCCAUUUGAUAGGCCUCGUGCUGUUUUUAUGCUAGAAGUCCGAGGAACAGACCCUAAGCUUGUGGUCAACUCAGAUAACGCCAUGUUCAGCACUGCUUUUAAGAGAAAGGUUACUUUUGGCUCAGAGAAAGCUGCCAACAUUCAACUUCCAGAUGAAAAUGAAGUCUCCGUGUUUUCUCUGGAUGAACCCUUCACAGAUUAUACCAACAAAGAAAUUGGUGUAUUUGCUUCUUGGAUGGGUGGAUCUUACGUUGCUAAUUCCCUGGAGCCAUUAGAUGGAGAGUUAACCAUCCCGUUGGCAGAUGGUUCCAUUGUGAAUCUUCAUAUGUCAAAGAAAGCAGACAGGGAGUUUACUGCAAAUCUUCUCUCUCUCAUUCACAAUUUUAGAAGGGCAGUAGAGUUGCAUGAAGAUUUGGUGCAAAGUACUCCAGCUGAGUUGAUAACAGGCUGUUUUGAUGGCAUUAAGGCUUUGGAAGAGCGAUAUGGAUCUGAUGGUUUUCCUAAGCACGGAAUGGGUCUAUUACUUGCUACAUUGUCCAAGAUGUUUGAUUCAUUCCAAGAAGCAUACAAAGGUCAAAUGGUUGGAGUUGUCUUCUUUUAUGGUUCACCCCCCGCACAGUCAGGAAAAGUGUUGAAUACAAUUUUUACUUCUCAGCCAUCAGCGCGCUGGUUGGUGGAAAAAGAAGCCUCCUACAAUGUGACUGUUCUACAAGUGGUGUUGGUUAGACGGACGAUUGCCUGGCUCACCGGAAUUAUUCUUCUCAUUUCAACUCUCUUGGGGGUACACUUCCUUGUCAACAUGCCCCUCACAAGGGACACCCUUCUGUAUUCUAAUGUCAAGCUCGACUGAGCCUGAAAAGGAGCUUCUUAGUUGACAUUUGAACUGCCAGGUUGCUCUAGCUAAUAAGAUGUUCUCUUUGUUUAAGCAUCAGUGGCUAGAUCCAUGAGAAUUCGGUUUGUAGAAAUUCUAUUGUUUAAUGGACAGCGGGUUCUUUUAUGUAAAGCAUGGUGCAGGCACCAUAUGGUGGGAGGAAGACUGCUGAGAAUUUUAAGGUGAUUCCGUGAUGAUAUGCAUUUGGUAUAUACGAGGAUGCAGCGUUGAUAUUUACUUUUGGCGGGUUAACUUCGGGACCAUACUGUGUUAUUUUCUGAAAUUCUGAAUACUUAUAGUGCAAGUUUGAUUCUUAUUUCUCCUUAAUGAUAAGUGUUAUCUUCCUUA